GCUGCAAUUGGCAGCACUUUUACAUAGUUGCAUUCAUAUCGAUUGCUUGUAAUGGCAGUCUUUGUAAGUAUUUAUAUUUUUAUGGGCAACACUGUACCGAGAACCAGACCCAAGCCACUUCCAAUUUUGCGUUUUUAGAACAAAAAUAAAAAUAAACAAUUUGUACGUGCUAGUUUCGGUAGCAUGCAUAUAUUAUCGUCACACAUGUAAUCGAUAUGGUUGGUAAAAAUUGGAAGGCACUUGCGCACUUUCAUCGUCUUACAGAAUAUCUGGUACAGUGCAAACAUUGUGACAAAACUCUUUCGUCCAAACAUACAUCAAGUAAUUUAACGCGGCAUUUGAUUCGGAACCACAAGACUUUAGCGCGCAGCGUUUUUGCUGGCGAGGAGGGAAGGAUGCUGGCAGAGUUGAAGGAGGAACUGCAUGCAGCUGAUGAUAACGAUAUGCAAGUGGAAAUGUCUGUGGGAGAAGGCGAAACUAAGAAUGCGGUAAGGACCAUUAUGGGAUCGGGAUCCGGGACAAACUCGCGCGGGCAAGAGCCCGAAGCCCGCAACAAAGUCAUUGGUAAAAAUAACAAGCUAUGGGCGCACUUUUAUCGAAUAUCUGAAUUCGUUGCUAAAUGCAAACACUGUAGCAAAACGUUAUCGUCUAAGCACUCGUCCUCUAAUCUUAUGCGUCACAUAGUGCGACGACAUCAUAUCUUUUCAAAAACAAUAGGGGAUCCACAAAAUCAGCCUAAAAAGGACUCAAUUAACAUUAAACAGCAACUAGAUCCACUGGAAAAGGUUGAUUUCGACGACGUAGACAGCAUCAUCGAGAAGGUUGGAGAUCAUUUGGAAGAUGAGGUCGCUUCAAUUUCAUUUCAGGAACCCUUCUACGAGUAUGUUGUAGACAAUACCGAAGAGGUUGACGCCAAGAAUGGAAGUCAGCCGCCACUAACUGAAGUUCAUCCACUGGAGACAGUCGGCGAUGCCUUCAUGGACCAGACAACUCAGCUAGAUGAAAAACUAAAAGCCGAAACGAUAUAUUACAACGAGAUGGCUGAACUAGCUAGAGCCAAGCGUCGACUAAUUGAUCUUCAAACCAAGAAGCUGCUUAUUGAAUUGAACGCAGUGGAUAGAAACUAAAGCUAACUUCAAACGUUAAUUAUUUAUAUCUCUCUUUAGUAAUAAUGAAUGGGUCGCAUAAAUACAAAUUACUUUUCAAGCUAUACUUUAAUAAAUAUGUAGAGCUAAUAACUUA